AUGGACUCGUCUGCAGUAGAAGACGUGCCUUCGCCGGCCAUGGCCAAGGGCAAGCGGAAGCGAGACAAGGCGGAGCAGGGCGAGAAGAAGACUUCAAAGCGACAUCGAUCAAAGUCCAAGCUCCGAACAAGCGAUGCUGAAGCUUCAGCUCUACCCAAAGCCGAGGAUGAUGAAACCAGCAUGGCCUUGGUGAAGACAGAAGUUGAGGAAGAAAGUGACACCGAGGAGCAGGCUCUCGUACCUGCGGCAGCUCUGGCGGCAACAUGGAAGAUUUCGGAACCCAUGGGCGGUCGUCUGGCUGAUGUAGAGCCCAUUCUCAGCCAGGAUGAGAAAUAUAUCGUUCUCGCGUACGAAACCUCGAUCCAGGUCUACUCCACAGAAGAUUCACUCCUCGUCAGGAGGAUACCAAUCGGAAAACCGCUACGAAAUCGCAGCAAAUCUCACUCCAAGUCCAGCGGCGCCCCGCGAGUCUCGGCCGCUGUUCCUUCGUUGAUCGAGUCCCAGGUGGUGUGGGUAGCCGACGACUGGCAAGUUAUCUGGAAAGUCAACUGGGAGACGGGAGACGCAGCAAUUCACACCAAAUCUGGCUCCAAGGUGUCGGCGAUGCAGGCUAUCAACCCAACUGGUUCCAAAGACCAGGAGCUUCUCCUCACGUCCGAGAACUCUGCCAAGGGAACCUCACAGCUCGUGGCGUAUGCCACUGCCUCGGGACGAGCUGAUCGUUACGAGCUGAACAGCUGCCCUGGAGAUGUUCACAUUCUCAGGGCCACAGCUGAUGGCUGCACUGUUGUCGGUGCUAUGGAUGCCAGACUGCUGAUUGCGAAACUAAGACUGGAAAAGGAUUCGACCAAUGCGUUUGUUGUGUCAAGCGAGACCUACGUCCUUGAAGCCCCGGAUGAUGUGUGUUCUCUUGACGUAAAAUUGGGUUCGAAGAAAACAACUUCCACACCAAAAAAGCCGAAGUCGAAACAGAACUCUGGAGCAGCUGAGGCUGGCCUGGUUUUAGAUGUUGUUGUUGGAACCGUCAGGGGCUCGAUAUACGCGUAUAACGACGUUCUUUCUCACCUCCAAAAGUCUGGCUCUAUUGAGCGGAUCCAGCCCAGGCAAUAUCAUUGGCACCCCCGCGCUGUGCACAGCGUCAAGUGGUCUCUCGAUGGCGAGUACUUUAUUUCUGGAGGCACUGAGAAUACCUUGGUUCUGUGGCAGGUUGAUACAGGAAGGAGAGAGUAUCUCCCCCAUUUGUCAGCCUGCGUCAACAACAUUGUUGUUUCACCUCUGGGAUCUUCAUACGCCAUUACCCUUGACGACAAUUCGGCCAUGAUUCUCUCCACGUCUGAAAUGACGCCCACAACGUAUAUAUCAGGUCUCCAGUCUCUAGUCUUGAGUGGCAAGAAGAAGAGAGACAAGGCUGUUCGGCGGGUCUGGAAGCCAGUUGAGCAGAUCACCAGACCGCUCACUGCCGCCAUCAAUCCCAAGGAGCCCACACGGCUUUAUUUGAGCGUCGGCAACGGCCAGUCGGCGAUGAAUACUGAUUCUACCCCGUCAGCUUCUUCAGUACAAGUAUUUGAUUUCUCAACUUUCCAGAGCUUAUCCAAGCAACCUCUAGCUCGCACUAAUCCCACCGAAAACAACAUCACCCCGAAAGGCUACCCUGUCACCGAGCCUUGGGUUUCGCACAUGUCCUUCUCACAUCAAGGAGACUGGCUGGCAUCCGUCGAUGAAUGGCAGCCACCGGUCCGCGAUCUGGAACCGAUUGCCGAGGACAAACAUGCAGCCGAGUCACUUAGCCAGGAGAGGAAGGAGAUCCACCUCAAGUUCUGGAAGGUCGGCGCGGAAGACAGUGGUCAGAUGGAGCUAAUAUCACGUAUUGAUGAGGCGCAUUUCUCGACAAGACCUGAGUCGAUUCUGAGCUUGGCAGCUAGCCCGAGGACAUCUUUAUUCAGCACAGUCGGCGCAGAUGGCAAAGUUCGGCUGUGGGGGCCGUUUUCACAACAAUCUAGCAAAACGCCCGCCAAUGCUCUAGUGGCGAAGGGAAAGGGAGCACAAGUCGCAACUGAGACGGUGGAGGGAUGGACUUGUGUCCAGGAGAUUCCUUUGGCCUCCAACACCAGCAUCACGGAGAUUGAGGUUGACUCUGCGGAUGAGCCCCUGAAUUUCAAGCCAUCAGGUGCCUCGACUUUCUCCGACGAUGGCUCGACAUUGUUUGUUGCAUAUGGUCUUCCUGACGAAGUGGUGCUGUAUAUCAUCGACGCAUCUUCUGGUCGGAUACGCAACAGAGUAAACCAACUAUUUGAAGGCGAGGUUCGCAGCUUGCAAAUACUUGGGUCGUGUCUGAUCAUAUUAGCCGGCAGCGUCGUUGUCUAUGAUGUUGUUGAGGAUACAAUUCGGUACAACGUUACGUUUGACGACCCCAACCCGAACCUGAAGCUGCAGAUGACACAAUUAGCAGUGGACAAAAGAUCAAAGACAUUUGCCCUCGCGGUGCCCGUAUUCUACAAGUCAGACAAGCCAAGCUACAAGAAGGGUGUUGUGUCGGAGGUCGCAGUCUUCACGCUUGAAGAAGACCGACCAGUCCUGGUGCAGGCCAUACCAAACCUAGUCAUCUCGUUACUCGCUGUUCCUGGCUCUGCUGGGUUCGUCGCAGUUGAUUCUGCCGCACAUGUACUCGCAGUUAUCCAGGCAACGGCAAUGAAUCCGCUCGCGGCACCGCUAUCAGAUUUGCAGCUGGACAAAGUGCCAGAUAAUAACGACCAAGACGCAAUGGAAGUUGACGAUGAGGACGAACCCGAUAGCAACAGAAUGCUGUUGCAACUCAGCGGAACCAGCGACGCAAUGGACGAAGAUAAUGAUGCGGACGAUAUGGAAGACAUGGAGACGCACAACGCAAUAUUAGUGCCUGAGAAGCUGACACAGAUCUUUGACGGUGCCCCUGCAUUUGCGCUGCCGCCGAUUGAGGAUCUUUUCUACCAAGUCUCGGAGCUGAUUUCAUCCAAACCGGUUUCUAGUUCCGCUUGA